UACAGGUGUAGCUGCCCCUGGAAGUGCCCCACGAUGGCUCCUUGGAGUGCACAGCAGACAGCAGCCUUUCUUAUCUCAAAGGAAAUAUUGCAGCCACCAAGUGCCCUCUGAGCCUGAGUAAAAGUUCCUCGUAAUUUUCGUCUUUUGGAAGAACUUGAAGAAGGUCAGAAGGGAGUAGGGGAUGGAACAGUUAGCUGGGGCCUUGAAGAUGAUGAAGAUAUGACACUUACAAGAUGGACAGGAAUGAUUAUUGGGCCUCCAAGAACAAUUUAUGAAAACAGAAUAUACAGCCUUAAAAUAGAAUGCGGGCCUAAGUAUCCAGAAGCACCUCCAUUUGUAAGAUUUGUAACAAAAAUUAAUAUGAAUGGAGUAAAUAGUUCUAAUGGAGUGGUGGACCCCAGAGCCAUAUCAGUCCUAGCAAAAUGGCAGAAUUCUUAUAGUAUCAAAGUUGUUCUGCAAGAGCUUCGGCGUCUAAUGAUGUCUAAAGAAAAUAUGAAACUUCCUCAGCCACCUGAAGGACAAUGUUACAGCAAUUAAUUAAAAAAAAAAAAACAAAAAAAACAAACAACAAAAACCAACAUGCCCCCCUUAUUCAAUUUAAGCUGUCUUCAUUUUCCACAGUAGUAAAUUUUCUAGAUGCAUCUUGUAGACCUCAAAAUACUGGAAAGGAAGUUCCCAUUCAAAGGAGGUUUUUCUUGAGAUACUGUAAAUGAUACUAAUUUUUUUUUCAUUUGAAAUAUAAGUUGUGCUAUAACAAAUAAUCCUGUCGUGUAACCACUGUCCACAUAGCUGAACUUCUGGUAUCAGGAAAAGUCUAUUUAAAUUUAUUACUGUCAAGACCAGUGUGGCACAUCCAACUUAACUGUGAAAGGAUCCAUCCCACAAUCACCUUGCUGUGUGUCUGGCCUGGGUUAUUUUUUUCUUUCUCUGUCUUUUGCAAUAGAGUCGAAGCUCAGGGCUAUUUAUUAGAGUAGACACAAAGGAUUUUGCUUCCAGUGCUACACUGGGCUGUAUGGACUACUACUGGGGAUGUGUGCUAACCUCAGUCAUCCCUCCCUUUGUGCUCGCUCUAGUAAAGGCUGAAUGUGACUGUGGUCGUUUUUGGGUUUUUAUUUUUUUUUUUUAAAUGCCCUGAUAAUCUGGGGCAAGCUUUCCUUCUUUCCUUUGGCCAAGGCAUAGAUUGUAUUUCUCUUCCUGGUCCCCCUCACCAGUGAUGUGGGCUUUGGGUGAGGGAUUCAGGGUUCUUUCAAUCUCUUCCCUCUUCCCCUCUUUUUAGUGGGGGUGCUGCUUUCUUUUUGCCCCUUUUGGUGACUCUUCUCGCCCCUGGCCCAGGGGUAAGUGUUGGGGCAAUAACUUGACCUGUUCCCUCUCGCUUAUCAUUUUGGUUUUGCAACAAAUUUAGUCUUCACCAGCCUGGAAAACAAGAGUAUCCGUUCUGCUCGCAAACUUGGAUUUUCCCUUCCCUCCAGCACUGCUGCCACUCCGCCAAGCUGGCCACGGCCGUGUUGUUAGAUAGGCUUUGACGUGGGGAAAAGAGCAGUAAUUUACCAGGAUUGCCCAAAUCUUCUGCUGCCAAACUUGAAUGGGGGAAACUCCGCACUUAAGAGAUUCUCAACACACUCCAGCCACACUCAAAUCGUUGUGUUUUGGUGCUUUGGAUUGACCCGAGAAUGUUAAUUAACAAAUUGUUGCACUUGCGUUUUGGCCCUUUUAAAGAUGUGACAACUACAGACAAAUCAAAUCCGUGUGGUAGAUUUUAGUAGUAUUCUGUAAGUCUUAGAAAUCUCUUCAGUGAAGAUUUUGGGGAAGUGUUGUACAGCAGAUUAAGGACCUUUACUGGCUUUGCAUCCUGGCAAAUCACUGCCUUUUCUGGUUUACUGUUUUGGACCACUAACUGCUGCAAUGUGGAUGCAAGCUUACAGAAACCAACCUAGUGUGUCCUAAGUUUUAUGAAAAAUUCAGUGUUUGUGUAAAAAAAAGAAUAAAAAAAAAAGGAAAAAAAGAAAAGAGUAAAAAUAAACACAUUUUAAAGCAGCAGCUGUCAAGUCAAUGAACAAUUGAUGUUUCCAUUAACUUUUGAGGAAAAUAUUAGUUGUAAGGAUUUAACAUCCUCUGUACUGAAAGUUUAACAUAACAGUAUUCCAUAAGCAGCCUUUUUAUUGUAUCAGACCAUUGCCUGAUUUUAAUAUAAUAAAAAGUGUGCAUUAAUAUUAGAAGGCUUUAAUUGUAUUUAUGUUUAGAGAUUUUGAUCCCUUAUGGAAUUCUUGAUUUGUUGGAAGUAUCUUCCUACAGAUCUCGUUUAGCUGACAGAAUGUAACCUGGUGGCGAAAGGCAAUUGUCUCUAUCCAGCUGCUGCUGCUGUGCCAAGGAGCAUCUGUACUUUUGGUUUAAACCUCAGGCUGCCCCAGCCUUGGCAGUUGGUAGGGUCAGGAUGUGCCAAGGAGCUGCCAGAGGGAGUUCCUGGCUCCGUGUGCUGUCAGUGCCGUGGCCUUGCUGUGCUGUUGUCUCCAGGAAAUCAAAUCCUCUACAGUUGCAUGUUAUGCUGUCUGUCAAGGUCAAGGGCUAUUUCACAACCCGAAGUUUUAAGUGGUUUCACUCAAAUAGCGAAGUGCAACAAGCUGAGCUUCUCUCCAAAUCUGGGUGAAAACAGAGCUGUGAAAUUUUGGCCUUUUCCAAGUGUAAAGUGUCUCCAUUUCAGAGGAUUUGCUGGAAGGUCCUGGUGCACUCACUGUAGUGUUGGGGUGAAACAAGGUUCUGCCUGGGUUGGGAAUGAAAAAGGGAAUGAUCUUUGUGAAACUCGCUGCUGGUUUCUGGCCUGGAGUGAAAACUGUUCCCUUCUGGGGCAGCCCAGAGGGUGUCUGUGAAGACAAUGUGACUAAUACUAUGUCAGUGUCAUGUGUGUGUGUUUAUUUAAAAUAGCUUCAUGUCAAAGAUGGUAAAUGGGCAUCAGAACAAUUACAGUGGAUAAUGACAGUGGGCUGCUUGCUUGUCUCUGGUUUUCAGAGUGUCCUUGCCCUGUUUGGGAGGUUGGUGCAUGUUUGGGGCCUCCCUGAACCUUCCUACUUCAAGUAAUGAUUUUUAAACCUUGCAAGUGUCUGGUUUGCUUUGCAAGGUGUACAAGUUAGAGCAUUGCAUCCUGGCUGGGAACUGUGCUGGCAAGAGUCACUUGACAGCAUCUGCCAUACAAAGUUGGUUUAAAAAAAAAAAACAAAACCCUGGUUCAUUGUGAAUGUUCUGUCCUGGGAGUUGUAUGCUUUGGACACGUCACUGCUCCCUUGCUGUUCCACUCAACUAGUUAGGGCUGGUGUGGAAAAAUAACACCCAGGGAAUGGAUUUGUGUGUGGUGGCUUUGUCAGGGGAUGUGACCUGCACCAUGGAAGUGACUGGUCAUCCCACAGCCCGGUGCUUGUUGGUGCUUUGGAAAUGAGGUGGGGAGACAAAACCGUGCUCUACCUGUGUUUGUGUGAACUCCAGCAGUGCAAAGGCAAAGUGUUUGGUUGAUCCCCCCUGACCUUCACUUUGUGUCCUGAACCAGUGUCUCUUUGGAGAAGGGUAUGAAGGGAUUAUAAGUAAAAUAAGCUGAUUGGCCAUAAAAUAAGUGCUGUUCCUUGGAGCAGGUGCUGGGGCUGGGCUGAGCAGGAGCUCACCUUGCACUGCCGCCAGCAGAGGGGCCGUGAGCCAUCCCUGUACUGAGGGUGCUGGACUCUCACCUGCCCGUGCUUCCCGGGGAUGUGGAGUGAGCCUCUGCCUCAGCUCAUCCUCGGAGACGGCAGAGGGAGCCAGAAAGCUUCCCAAGGCUGGGGCUGGCUCAGGCUGCUUGGUUUAAACGUUACGUCCUCUUGUGGGAACCACUUUUCAUAUUUAUCCGGAAUCAAUUUCAGUUUUAAAAGCCUGUUUAUCGUGACUGUCUCACUGUACAGGCAUUAACUUGCUGGGAGAAUACCAGCAGCUCAGUGAGAUCUUAAUUGUUAAUAAAGACUAAUGGUUGUUUGA